AAACGAGCAACAUUUUGUACAGCUAAGCCUUCGAGAGAUCCUUGUCACCUACCGUUAAAAGUAGUGUGCGAGGGAGCCAGAACCUCUCCGAGGCGACUCAGCCCCCGCCAUUCUGACUCGCUUGGAAACCUGUUCGUGCUCUCCUGAAUCGGAUUCUGGAUCUUGUCAGACUAAAGGAAAAGCAGGGGGCAUAUCAGAAUGAAGGCACUGAUCCUUGUUGGAGGGUUUGGAACACGGUUGAGGCCGUUAACUCUCAGUGUCCCUAAACCACUUGUUGAAUUUGCCAACAAACCUAUGAUCCUGCAUCAGAUAGAGGCUCUCAAGGCUAUUGGAGUGACUGAAGUUGUUUUGGCUAUCAACUACCAACCUGAGGUGAUGCUGAACUUCCUGAAGGAUUUUGAGACAAAGCUUGAGAUUAAGAUCACGUGCUCACAAGAGACUGAGCCACUUGGCACUGCUGGUCCUUUGGCACUGGCAAGAGACAAGUUAAUCGAUGGUUCUGGUGAACCAUUUUUUGUUCUCAAUAGUGAUGUUAUCAGCGAAUACCCACUCAAACAAAUGAUAGAAUUCCACAAAGUCCAUGGCGGGGAGGCUUCCAUAAUGGUGACCAAGGUGGAUGAACCAUCAAAGUAUGGUGUUGUGGUAACGGAAGAAUCCACGGGAAAAGUUGAGAGAUUUGUGGAAAAACCAAAAAUAUUUGUUGGUAACAAAAUCAAUGCCGGAAUUUAUCUGUUGAACCCAUCUGUUCUUGAUAGAAUUGAACUGAGGCCCACCUCAAUUGAGAAAGAGGUCUUCCCGAAAAUUGCAGCGGAGGACAAGCUCUACGCAAUGGUGCUUCCAGGGUUUUGGAUGGACAUUGGACAACCAAGAGACUAUAUUACUGGCCUCAGACUCUAUCUAGAUUCCCUUCGAAAAAAUUCCUCAUCUAAGUUGGCCAAUGGUCCCCAUAUUGUGGGAAAUGUUUUGGUGGAUGAGACUGCCAAGAUUGGAGAGGGUUGUUUGAUUGGACCUGAUGUUGCAAUAGGACCAGGAUGCAUUGUUGAGUCUGGAGUUAGACUCUCUCGUUGCUCUGUGAUGCGUGGAGUUCGCAUCAAGAAGCAUGCUUGCAUAUCUAGCAGUAUCAUCGGAUGGCACUCCACCGUUGGGCAAUGGGCCCGUGUAGAGAACUUAACAAUCCUCGGAGAAGAUGUCCAUGUUUGUGAUGAAAUUUACAGCAACGGAGGUGUGGUUUUACCCCACAAAGAGAUCAAAUCAAGCAUUUUGAAGCCAGAGAUAGUUAUGUGAAGGUUUGUGUUUGAGAUUUGUAGACUAUGUUUAGACCCUUCCGGGGGUUAUGAGUUAUUGCGUUUGGAAAUGUUAUCGUUCUUUUCCUUUAUCUUCUAUGAGUUUGAAUUCGAGUAAGAAUGCUGAAGAGGAGGCGUGUCAUAAAUGUGAAAAUGGAGUGAGAACUGUAACUUUGUACUGUAGAUAAAAAUAAGGUCUCAUGUAACCACAACAUUGUAAAAUUGAAUUCUCAGUUUCACAGAAUCUAGUGUAAUUUAUCAACAGUAAAUUUCUUUGCUUUGUUAA